CCAUUUUAUUCCUAACCCUAUGUCACAUGACUUCAAAAUGGCAGAAAGUGAUCUUGUCGUCAAAGCCUUCGUUGUCUCUUGGGUUCUCCCGUGUUGCGCAAUAAUCUUCGUGUUGCACUUUUUUAAGAGAAAAUUUAAAGAAAUUUUCAGUGCAGUGUGGGCUUAUCUCCUCAAUAAAACGGUGCCGAUCGUGAACAAGGCAACUAAACGACAUAAAAAGAAACUGUUUUCUGAACUGUUGGAUCAGCGUAAAGAUCUGGGCAGAGAUUUAAUGAUUCUUGAAAUUGGGGCAGGUGGCGGAGCUAAUUUCGCGUUUUAUCCACCCAAAAGCAACGUCACUUGUUUAGAUCCCAAUAGAUAUUUUGAUGCAUACUUGGAAGUUAAUUCAAAGAAACACAGACAGCGUGUGAAUUACUUGAAAGGUUUCGCUGAGAAUAUGGAGAUGGUGGAAAGUGACAUGUAUGAUGCUGUCGUCUGCACUCUAGUGCUUUGCAGUGUUAGGAGUACAUCAAAAUCAUUAGAAGAAGUCCGAAGAGUUUUGAAACCGGGUGGGAAAUUUUAUUUUUUGGAACACAUUGCGGCAGAAAAGGGAUCACUGACAGGAUAUUUCCAGGGACUUUUAAAUCCGAUUUGGAGCUUUAUGAGUGGCUGUCAUAUUACAAGAGAAACAAAACAGGCAGUACGACGAGCAGGAUUCGCCCGCACACGUAUCACGCCAUUCAACGGAAAGUUUCCAUUUGUGUUCGUCAUCAGACCCCUAUGUAUGGGUAUAGCAACAAAGUAAUGGUUACUGUACAUCAUGAAAGGGUAAUUAAUUAUAAAUUCUUAAUUAGUAGAUCUACCUCUGUUUGUGUGUUCAGAUUAUCUCAGUGAUCUACCGUUGUUUUCUUUGAUUUUUCUCUUGCUCUGAACUAGUCAGUCAGAAAAGCAGCAAGUACUGGUUGAACUUCAGUGUCUUGAACAUCGGUAUCUCUUAUACAGUAAAACUCCAAGGCCAGUGAAAAACGGUUUGUUAUAUCUAAACUUUGUGAUAUCCAAUGAAAGUUUUGUUAUUUUUCAUUCAUUGAGGAAUAUCACUUUGUAAUAAGCAUUUUAUUAAAAGAGUUUUCCUUAUAAGCAUGUUGUACUGUACCAAAAAUAUGUUGAUUGAUUGAUUGUUUUGUUGUUUUCCGCCACACUUGGAAAUCCCAACUAUUAUUUUCUUUAUGUAUUUUAACUCUAAUAUCUUGAACUUGUGGAUAUCUCUAAGCUUUUUUUUUCGGCUCCACUGAGUGUGAGAUAACUGUGUUUGACUGUAUAUAAGCAGUACAGAUAGUUGGUCAGCUGUGGGGAUCGGUAUCAGUAAUUUACUACAGAAGAUUUACAUGCUUGUUUAUUCACAUGUUUAAUUUGACAGUAAUAUUUUGUUUUAAGAAAGGGAUGGUGAAUAUUAUCUGCCAUUUAAUUCCCCAUGCAUGUACCUGUAAUUCUCUCAGGAAUUAGUUUGUGUUUUACAAAUGUUUAAUAAGUCAUUUUUGUUUGAUUAUUCAACUGUACUUAUAUAUCUAUACUAGCUCAUCAAAUUUUCAUGUAGGAUUUUAUUGUUCAAUCUGCUUCAACAUAGACAUACAAUGUAGAUAAAUGUAUUUAGAAUGCAAAUUUCAAAUAUGAAUUUACUGAGGUAAUUUCUGUCUUCCAUACAUGAUACACACAUGAUAUGGGUACAUAUGUAUAUGUGUAUUGUUGAAUACAUGUACAUAGAAAUUGUAGAAUCUUGGAAACUUUUUUAUAGUUUUUCGAAUGGUAGAGAUAUGUUUAAAAAUGAUUGUUACAUAUCACAAUUUUUAUUGAUAUCAUUUAUACAUUUCACAUGAUUUUACAUUUAUUAUGUAAAAGUGAAUGGGGCAUCUAAAUCUAUUUAUGCAGGGCAAGUGCUCUGUAUUUAGCUGAAGUUAUUUAAAAUUUUUAUACAUGUAUAGAUCUACUAUUAAAAACUCAAAGGAUUUAUUUCAAUAAAGUUGAUAUUGUGAUACAUGUAACAGGUAACAUAUGCUUCAAUGAGCUUUUUUGACCAACAACAUCUUCAUAUCUCAGUAAUCAUAACUUCUAUUGAUUAGAUGAAAGAAGAAAUUUCUUUGGAAGCCUGUUGAUAUCAUGUCACUACAACAUGUUUUACUUCUUUAAGGUGGCUCACUACACCCAGAAAUAGUUUCUCAAAUCAGUACGAAUUGAUUUAAUUAUAAAAGAUAUGAUGAUAUACAUUAGUAUACAUGUAUAUGCAAAAAAGGCAAAAAUAUACAAAUUUGGAUACAAACAUGAUUUUCAAAAAAAAAUUAUUUCCUCCACACAUACACAUGUGAAUAAAAGACUCUCGGGGGGGGGGGGGGGGGGGGGGGGGGGAAUUUGAACUUAAGAUCUGUGAUUCACCAGCCCAAUGUUUCACCACUGAGUUACGAUGAUAGACAAACAAAUCGAUCGAUACAAAUAAUUUUACAAAACAUUUAAAUCGCCAUCUUGUGACAGAGUAUAAGCUUUAGUGUAGUGAGCUAGCUUAAACUGUUUUGAAUUAAUAUCACGACAUACAUUUUAUGACACUACGCCAUAAAUUGGUGAUUCAAAUGUUUUGUGAAAUUGUUUGUAAAUACCGAACUCUGACCUCCAAUUAGCUAGAUUACAGGAGCUCGCCACCAGAUUUGUCUUUCAUCUAACUAAGUGGAUAAAGUGUCAGGUUGCCAAUCUGCAGAUUCCAAGCUCAAAUUCACCGGUGCCUUUUGUUAAUAUUUAUUGAAAUAAAUUAAGUUUUGAAAAUCAU